UGCCGACAGAUUCAUUCCUAUUUACAACAUCAGUUAAGCAUCAGUAACAGUAAAAAAUACAAAAAAUAUAAAACAAAAACUAGAGAAAAAAAAAUACCGUGAAAAGGCAAAAUUUUAUUCGUAAACUUUUUUUCUUUUAGUAAUAUUUGAAAACAUGUGGAUGCAAUUAGGAAGUCGUGCUUUCUUGGCCGGAGCCAAUCAACGGAUGUAUAGACAUGACGAUGAGUCGAAGAGAAGUCGUUCGUACUUGACGGGCAUCAGUCAUAGCCAUAGCUCGGCCAGAAGAAACUCUUUGUCGCAGGUCUGCCACUUUGGCAAUCGUGAUGCCGAGGCAAAGCAGUGCGGUGAUUGUGUCUACUUGACAAAUCCAAGUAUGAAUGAAUUAAUGGAAACCCUCAGUCGGAACUCAUCGGGUGACUCAAAUCGUCUAAUCGUUGUUGGUAAUGCCGGAAACCAGAAGUUGCUGAUGACUCAACUAGAUUCAGCCGAGGAUAGGGAAUCGAGUGGUCGUCAAAGUUAUCGUGCAUUCUCAGCGGAUGAUGUUAACCAUAUGAAUGACUCCAGGCAGUCGCUAGUGCUAAAGAUUAGAUCAGAGGGAACAUUGGUGCCUAUGCCGGGCAUCGAUAGUAGUUUAUCAACCCAAAUGGCGCUGCUAAAACCGCUCUACAAUGAACAGUAUAUGGAAUCAUCAAUGUCGCUACCCAAUGCCGACUUAGAUGCAGCUGGCGAAUUCAUUUUUAGAUCCAACGAUUCAUUGACCUAUGAGCAAAAUGAGUAUCUUGGAGUAGGGUCAUGCAAAUGCAGUUUAUGUUUGAGCCAAUCGAUUGAUCUAACUCAGGGGGUUGAUCAUCAAGUCGAUAGAGCCAAGAAAGUUGUCAAAGAGGCCGUCCAAGAGGCUGCCAAAGGAGUGGAUCGUCGGUUCUCCAGUCCGGACCCGUUGAAACUAGUUGAGAAUGAGAGUCCCAGCCUGAAUACGACAUUAUAUCUUGUAAAUUUGGCUCACAUAUUGAUGGUUAUUGCCUGCCUUCGUGGAAUAUUUUAAAUAUAUCCCAAGCAUAUCCAUCAAUAACUACUUAUAUAACGUAAUGAAUAUCUGUUCUAUUAAUGUUUGUUCAAAUUGUGUAACGUUGAGAAAAGAGAAACAAAUCCAUAUAUAAAUGCAAUAGUCUAUAUAAACAUAAGUAUGAAAAUUGA